GAGACUAGCCGAGGCAAAACUCAAACUGCCCGGGUGCAUAUAUAUACAAGGGACAAAUCCCGCAAACCCAUCAUAAUCUAGAAAGUAUCGGGCGCGUGUGCGCACGAGUUUACCGGUGUUUCGCGUCAUAAAAAGCGUCAACCGCUAAGUAAAUUGGUAUUGAAUAAUAACGAUCAAGAAUCGAUGUUUGAGUGGGGGUGGGAGCGAAAAAGACACUCGCAGUGAGAAAAAAAACAGCGUCGGCAUUCGUGUCGACUCGCAAUAUUAACUUCGCGGGAAUAAACAGAAAUUACUUUAAUUAACUAUAAUUGCGUCGCAAAGCAUAAGAAACGGUGAAUAGUCGAAUUUUUAUAUAUUGAAGUUGGCCAACAGGCGGCGCGAUUUUCGGGGCACUUGCACAAGAAUCAAGACGGAGAAUCGAGACUGACUGUUGGUAGAGCGUUGCGCAUUGUGCUCUUCGCUGUCAUAACACAACCACGUGUCCGGCAAAAACGGUCCGAUCAUCGAUUCACCGACCACGGUUACAAAAAAAAAAACUUUUGUCACUUAUCACCGCCGGCUUCUAAAAUCGCGUACCCAAAAUGUCGGAAAGCGGGAAAAAUUCGCUCCAACAACAGCAGCAGCAGAGAAGACAAAUGCUCCAGCCGUGGCCGCUUUGCCUGAUGUCCUUUAACAAACGAAAGCACGAACAAUCGCUGUUGCCAAAAUAUUACACAAGGAUAUUGUCAGGAAGCGGAGUAUCGUCGAUCGCAUCGACGACCUCGAGCCUUGCGUUGGAUUGCGCCUCAAGCGCAACCAUCGCAACUACGGUAAGCCCUUUCAACAGUCAACAGGCGUUGCUCUCCAAGCCCGUACAAACGAAUCAGAGCAACCACCCAGUAACAAAAAGCAAGACGAAAAGGUCGAGGGAUUCGAACGGUGGAACCAACAGCAGCAGCAACAGCAGCAGCAACAGCAGCAGCAGCAGCAGCAACAACAAUCGGCAUUAUUAUGAAGAAAAUCUGAGGCACGCGCAACGCCAAGAGAGCGGUCAUUAUUGCGGCGAACGAGAGAUCCGAAUUUAUGAUCCUCUGCUCAAAGAUAACGCCGAUUACAAACAGUUGAGCGUUCCCAUAAUGAGCAAAGAAAUGAUGACGGAGAUGACGGACAAAGAAACGGUCAGGGGUUCGAAAGACUCUGCGACCGAGGUGCACCAAUUUCUUCGGGAACACGAACCCAGCAUUAAUUCCGAUAUUAUUCCCACGCAUCAUCGACGGAAGAAGUCAACUCUCCGUCGUUCCGCGUGUAUUUACGCCUCUCAGGUCGUAGCGGCUCUCUCGGUAUCCUUGGGCUCGAUGGUGGUCGGUUUCGCGUCUUCGUACACGUCGCCGGCUCUCGUUUCCAUGAAAAACAACGCAACGGCUACUUUUGAAGUAACCCCUCAAAUGGAAUCGUGGAUCGGUUCGAUUAUGCCGCUGAGUGCACUGUUCGGGGGAGUCUUCGGUGGUCCUUGCAUCGAAUAUCUCGGAAGACGAAACACGAUAUUAGCAACUGCGUUUCCCUUCAUUGGAGCUUGGCUAUUGAUCGGCUUGGCUAACAAUGUCGCUAUGAUUUUGGCCGGUCGUGCCAUUUCCGGAUUUUGCGUUGGUAUCGCUUCCUUGUCGUUACCCGUUUAUCUCGGCGAGACUAUUCAGCCCGAAGUUCGAGGAACGCUAGGACUUUUACCAACGGCUUUUGGAAACAUAGGAAUCUUGCUGUGCUUCGUCGCGGGAAUGUAUCUGAAUUGGUCGAAUCUGGCGCUCCUCGGUGCUUGCUUACCAUUCCCGUUCCUGGUGCUGAUGUUCCUCAUACCGGAAACCCCGAGAUGGUACAUUUCCAAGGGCAAAACGAAGCGAGCUCGUAAAUCUCUGGAAUGGCUCCGAGGCAAAAAUGCGGACGUCAGCGAGGAGCUUGCCGCUGUCGAGAAAACUCAUGUCGACAGCGAGAGAAACGCCACUCAGAGUCCGCUGUUUGAAUUAUUCAGCAGGACCAAUAUCAAGCCACUCGCAAUCUCUCUGGGACUCAUGCUCUUCCAACAAUUGUCCGGCAUCAAUGCCGUCAUUUUUUAUACCGUACAAAUCUUUGAGGCUGCGGGCAGCUCAAUAAACGGUAACUUGUGCACGAUAAUCGUGGGUAUAGUGAAUUUCGCAUCGACCUUCGUGGCAACGGCGUUGAUCGAUCGUCUGGGCCGUAAGAUUCUUCUCUACAUAAGCAGCGUUGCGAUGAUCGUAACGUUAUUCGCCCUCGGAUGUUACUUCUACGCGAAAGAUCAUCACGUCGACAUGUCGCAAAUAGGAUACGUACCGCUCAUGAGUUUCGUGAUAUACGUUAUUGGUUUUUCGCUUGGUUUCGGUCCGAUACCGUGGCUCAUGAUGGGUGAAAUAUUACCCGCGAAAAUACGUGGCUCGGCGGCGAGUGUAGCGACCGGUUUCAAUUGGAUGUGCACCUUCGUCGUGACGAAAACAUUCAACGAUAUCGUCAUAGCGAUAGGCCAGGGAGAAACAUUUUGGAUGUUCGGAGUUAUUUGCUUGGCCGGUUUAGGAUUCGUCAUAUUCUUCGUACCGGAAACGAGAGGACAUUCGCUCGAAGAAAUAGAGAAACGACUCACCGGACCGGUGAGGCGUAUGAGCGCGGUUGCCAAUAUGAAACCUAUGCCAAUGGCUUGCUAGAUUUUUAACCGUUCGUCUUGAUUAUUUCGCAUACAAAGCCUGUUCGAACUAAUGAUAUCCCGGACAACAAAAAACGUCCCUUCUCGUUGUUUAUAUUACAAUGGGAUAUUCAUUUAUACAGGAAUCGAUCCAAAUUUUCUUAUUCAACCAAAGUCCAUAAAACACAGAGACAAAUAGCCAACGACUCUUAUACUCGAACUAUUAUUUUCAGACAUCCUGCAUACGCUGCAUUUUAAUACGGUAUUAGUUAGCUACAUUAUACAAUUUCAUCAUCGUUUAGAAAUAUUUUUGUCAUUCGAACAAUUGACGCACGCCUCUUUGUUUUUCUGCCGGGGGGAGCGGCAGCUAUGAUAAUUUGAGUUAUCAUCUCCAACUGCCCCUCGGAACCAGAAUUCUCAUUCAAUAUUCUCGAUCAAAUAUUCUUUGGAAAAAAAAAAAAAAAAAUAUACCAAAAAACGUGAUAGUUCAGAAAAAUGCCGUCCCAGCGAGCGAGUACUCAUUCGGAUACGACCAACUCAUAUUCCUAAUGUUACAGAAAUUUUAUCCAAUCUUUGUUGGAAUAUUUUUUGUUGGGUUCUUUGCCCAAAAAGUUCCCAAUAUUCCGUUUCAAACAGGGUAUCAAAAAAACAGCACGAAAAUAACAAAGGGACAUGGAAAAUUUUGUAUCAUUUUCAUACUGAAAAAUGCAUUUGUUAUUCUUUACAAACUCGAGGGUGUGCGAAGGAAACAAACUACGAUUCAAAUGGUACUGACGCGCGCUGCGUAUUCCUUUGCUCUUAUCUCGCCCCUCGAAUCAACAGAGUCCCGCAAGCUCUACCUCAGAGGAUAACGCAAGUAUAAUAGCGUCGUUGAUUAAUGCUCUAUCAUUAAUCGAUCUAUCGAUGCGAGAGAUUAAAUAUUUAAUUUGUAAAUAUCUGUCUACGUAAAUAUGUAACAUGAGAAUCUUUUUGUAAAUAGCCAAGUUUCGUUGAUGGCCGAGGCCUUUUAAUGUUUUCCAAACUUACUCGAAUAGAACUUUGUACAUAGGAAUGAAAAUAUUGAAAAAUUGUAUUUUUUUUUUAGUACUUUAUGUAAUAUAGUGGAUCGAUUGAAAUGUACCGCGAGGUUUAUACCACGUGUCGGGUACAGGAAUAAUUUUAUGUUUAGAAAAACUAAUAUGUUGUCGUAAGACCAAAUGAAAUGCGACAGAUAAUCUAUAUUUUGAUAUGCUACUUUGAUACAUAGGUAUAAAGAGCAUUUUUUUUUUUUUAAUUUGUUGCGAUUGGAUUGAUCUAUAAAAACUAUAUAAAUAUA